AUGCUGAACCAAAGCUCAGUCACCGAAUUCCUCCUCCUGGGAGUGACAGACAUGGAAAAAUUGAACCCUUUUCUCUUCGCUGUUUUCCUCACUUUCUACUUUGUUAAUGUGGCUGGGAACGGAGCCAUCCUAACAGUCAUCAUCUCCGAUUCAGGAUUGCACUCACCUAUGUAUUUCUUCCUGGGAAACCUGGCUUGUCUAGAUAUCUGUUUCUCCACAGUGACAUUGCCAAAGAUGCUGGAAAAUUUAAUCUCUACCAACAAAGCCAUUUCCUUCUCAGCAUGCAUAAGCCAGCUCCAUUUCUUCCACUUCCUGGGGAGCACAGAGGCCCAGUUGCUGGCUGUGAUGGCGUUUGACCGCUUUAUGGCUAUCUGCAAACCCCUUCAUUACCCAAUCAUCAUGAACCCUCAGCUCUGUACCAGGAUAGCUGUCACUAUCUGGACCAUUGCUUUCCUCCACGCCCUGAUGCACUCAGUAAUGACAUCUCGCUUGAACUUCUGUGCUUCCAACCAGAUCCGCCACUUCUUCUGUGAUGUGAAGCCACUGCUGGAGCUGGCCUGUGGGAACACUGAGCUCAACCAGCAGCUGCUCAAUGUUGUCACCGGCUCUCUUGGCAUGGGCACCUUCGUUCUGAUCCUUCUCUCCUACUUCUACAUCAUCGCCUAUCUCUUCCUCAAGACCCACUCUUGCAGCAUGCUUCACAAAGCCCUGUCCACAUGUGCCUCCCACUUCAUGGUAGUUAUUCUUUUAUACGCUCCUGUUAUCUUCAUUUAUGCGCGCCCUGCCUCCUGGAGCUCUCUGGACCAGGACCGGAUCAUUGCCAUUAUGUACACGGUGGUCUCUCCUGGACUGAACCCACUGAUCUAUACUUUGAGGAACAAAGACGUCAAGACUGCCUUGACCAAGAUGAUUAGAAGGAAAUUCUGA